AUGCCAAAGAACCCAAACCCGCACCAUUUUUUCCGAAGACGGAAGAAAAUCAACAAAGUCACCGCUGCGUCGCAGAAAUCGAAUUCGAUAACGAAAAAUCGGAAACCUAACACAGCAGCGCAAAAGCCGUCUGUAGGAUCAAAUUUACAGAAACAAAAGGGAAUAAUAGUAGAGCCAGAUGAAUAUCAACUUGAAGAUGAAAAUCCGGAGCGGGCUUAUACAAUUGUUAGGGAGGCGGCGACGAGAUAUAUUGAGAGGAUGAUAGCAUUGAAGACGGCUGCGGCAUUAAGAAGGGAGGAGGGGAGGAAUGAGGAACAGACACUUGCUACAAAGAUCUACACCCCCCAACCAAACGCAAACGCAGCAACCCUCCUCCGCUGUACACUCCUCAAUGCUCUUCACAGCAACACCUUCCACCCAGUCGAACGAAUAGAUAAAAUCGGAUUCUUUGCGCGGGAUAUAGAUCGCGAACGAACGCGCUACGCUCUCAAUGUCGAAGAAACCACAUUUUCGGAAAUGCUAGCGGAUCUUAUAGCUGAAGGAAGUCUAAAAGCAGAUAUCAGCACAUACACCUCCCCCUACCUACCCCGAACCUCGCAAUCCCCAAAACUCGCACAUAUAAUUCAAAUCCGCGCCGCUGUUUAUACACCCUCAAAUGAGACGCUGGUUCAUGAGGGGUAUAAAGCGGAAGUUUGGAUGUCCGUUUUGUUCUACAUGGAACCAAAAACCUGGAAAUGGAGCGAGGUAGUCAGGGUGAUGCGCGACGGUGCGGACGCGGUGUACGGGGUUGACGGGGAGGUACGACGGGAGUUUUUGGGGCGGAGAGGGGAGUUUAUUGAUGGGUUUGUUGGAUGGGUGGAGGUUUUGAGGGGGCCGGUGGGGGGGUAUUUGUUGGGAUUGGGUCAGGAGAAGGGGGAAAGCGAUGAUGUUGUAAAAGGGGGAGGAUGA